AGAGGUGCUCGCUAACAGCACUUGCCCCAACAGUCUGCUAAGGCUAUACAGGGGCAUUUUUGUUUCGUGGUACAGUAUACGGUGGAUCCUGGCAACGUGGUUGAGAUGGAAGGGUUUUAUCUGCUGUGGUGUCUCCUCAACAUGUUGAGAUGGUGAACGAAGCGAACGAUUCGGAUGCCUUCUGGGACCAUCUCUGUAAAAUUCUGGCUGCAAGUGACCCCUGUGGACAGUCAUCUUGGGUGGCGUUAGUAUCCGAGUGGGUCAGGACACUAGCCAUUGGGAAUAAGUGAUUGGAAGGCAUUGGCAGAGCCGUUUAGCAAGGCUAGACUUUUGUGCAGCCCACGGGCUCAUACCUGUCAACCCAUACGGUUUACCCGUAUUUUUGUACAGGGAAAUAUAAUUUUUCAGGUCCACACGGUGUACAGCCAUUUAAAUGUGGGCACAUUUUUUUGUCUGUGUUUUUUCCUUGUGAUGGGACUUUGUAGGAUGAACUUUGAGAUCUAUAAGGGGCACGGGAUGACCAACAAGGUCUGAAUUGGUCUGUGAUAAGAUUCUGCAGCUGUUGCAGAGUGGACACAAUUGUGGAAAGACCGUGUCCUUCAUGUAACGAUGUCCACAACUUAAUAUUGGAAUGCAUUUUAACGUGACGUUCGGAAGCCUCUGUUGCAAGCAUUGGCAGCGUUGGCUGCGCGCAAGCUCGCAGCAUCGCGUCUCCGUCUGGAACCAGUCAUGGAGCGUGACUCGCAAAUAUUCCUCAAAACCAGGUGGCACCAAUCCUCUCCGUCAGAUCCCAAGCCCGGACAUCUCCAGGAUACGAAACAUCGGCAUCAUGGCCCACAUUGACGCAGGAAAGACCACGACGACGGAACGCAUGCUGUACUACGCUGGCUACACGCGCGUGCUUGGCGACGUUGAUGACGGCGACACGGUGACGGACUUCAUGGCGCAGGAGCGGGAGAGAGGCAUCACCAUCCAGUCGGCCGCCGUGUCCUUCCACUGGAGCGGCCACCGCAUCAACCUCGUCGACACCCCCGGGCAUGUGGACUUCACGGUGGAGGUUGAACGAUGCCUGCGCGUGCUGGACGGUGCCGUGGCCGUGUUUGACGCCUCUGCUGGCGUUGAGGCUCAGACGAUGACCGUCUGGCGACAGGCUGAUCGCUACGAGGUUCCUCGAUUGUGCUUCCUCAACAAGAUGGACAAACUGGGAGCCAGCUUUGCCUACUCCGUGGACUCCAUCAAAGAGAAACUUAAAGUCCAGCCUCUCAUUAUACAGUUGCCCGUCGGCGCCGAGAGGACGUUCCGCGGCAUCGUGGACGUCGUCUCCAUGGAGGCGUUCACGUGGGGGGGCGCGCGACCGGCCGGAUCGCGGGCGCAUCCGGAACGGGACGACGGCUCGGAGUUUGAGAGAACGACGCUGAGCCCUGCGGGGACCCCCGAGCUGUGGCCGAGCGCCGUGGAGGCGCGGAAGACCCUGGUGGAGCAGCUGGCGGACGGAGAUGACGCAUUCGCAGAGCUGGUUUUAGGGCAGCACAGUGACGACCUCUCCUCCGUGGCCAGCGAACACGUGCGCACGGCCCUGCGUAGGGCGACGCUCAGCCGGGCGGCCGUGCCCGUGCUGUGUGGCAGCGCGCUCAAGAAUAAGGGCGUGCAGCUGCUGAUGGACGCGGUCACGCACUACCUGCCCUCGCCGGUCGAGCGCCAGCACCCCUUCCUGCAGUGGUACGGCGACGAGCCGUGCGCGCUGGCGUUCAAGGUGACGCACGACAAGCAGAGGGGGCCUCUGGUCUUCCUGAGGGUCUACUCCGGGGCAUUAAGGCCGCAGUCGUCCGUCUUCAACAUCAACAAGGACUGCACGGAGAGAAUGAACAAACUGCUGCUGCCCUUCGCUGACCAACACGUGGAGCUUUCCUCUCUGUCAGCCGGAAAUAUCGCAAUUGCGGUCGGCCUUAAGCAGACAGGCACGGGGGACACGCUGGUGGCGUCCAAGUCAUCGGCGCAGGCCGCUUCUCGCCGCGCCUCCUCCGCCGCCACCUCCACGCAGGGCAAAGUUAGCCACAAGGACCCCGGGGCGUCCAAGCUGCCGGUCCUAGCCGGCGUCGAGGUGCCUGAAGCCGUGUUCUUCUGUACCGUCGAAGCGCCGUCCAUCGCCAAACAGGGCGAGCUGGAGCACGCCCUGGCCUGCCUGCAGAGAGAGGACCCCAGUCUGAGGGUGAAGGUCGAUCCGGACUCUGGACAGACGAUCCUGUGCGGCAUGGGGGAACUGCACAUGGAGAUUGUGCACGACCGAAUCCGCCGCGAGUUUGGCGUCGAGACGGCGCUGGGGCCGCUGCAAGUGGCGUACAGGGAGACCGUCGGCACAGGAGGCACGGCAAGCGUCUCCUUGGAGCGCUCGUUCGGGGAGAAGCUGCACCAGGUGGUGGUGGAGCUCGCCGUGGGGCCCUGCCCCCAGGGCUGCGUGACCCCACGGUUCAAGGUCAACGAGAAGGUCGCGCAAGCGAUGCACGCUGGGAAGGAGAUCAUCGACGCGGUGCGGAGCGGUGUGGAGGCCGGCGCGCAGCAAGGCCCCGAGCUGGGAUUUCCAGUGGUGGACGUCGAGGUGGAACUCGUGUCCGUCUCGCUGCAGCCAGGGUCGUCUCCGGCCGUGGUGGCCGCGUGCGCUUCCACGUGUCUGCACAGGGCGCUGAAGGAGGCCGGCGUGCAGCUCCUGGAGCCCGUGAUGAGCGUCGAGGUGUCGGUGAGCGAGGCGCGACUCGGAGCCGUCCUCUCCGACAUGGCCCAGCGGAGGGGCUGCGUGCGCGACGUCCAGAGCCGCCUCGACUCCAAGGUGGUGCUGGCGAGCGUGCCCCUCGCCGAGACCAUGGGCUAUGCCACUGCGAUCCGCACGCUGACAUCCGGGACGGGCACCUUCUCGUUGGAGCUGUCCAGCUACGAGCCGAUGACCUCGCAGCACCAGCAGCAGCUGAUCCAUCGACUCACCGGCCUCUAAGACCUCCUCCUCCUCCCGUGUCUGCCGGUGCACGGGAGAUUUCAAGGCGCGCGCAGGACAAGAGCUUGCGUUAUACACGGCGUCCGUGAAAUUGUGGGGAGUGGUGGCGCGGUGGUUGGCGCGCUGCGCCUAUGAAUCCAGCGACAUCGAGUUGGGUUCCCACUCACGGCCAACACCGGUGACGAUAAUCUGAACCGGUCCUGUGCCCUCCCCUAAGUCGACUCAGUCUCCACUGAGUACCUGGUGCGGUGUUUACACAUCAUUACUGGGAAGAUAAAGACGGUCGGGCGUGGUGCUGGCCACUCAACCCCUCUUGUGCUGCACCGGCAUUCAUAGGUGCUCACUGACAGCACUUGCCCCAAAAGUGUGUUGAGGCUAUCUUUGUCUUAUCCGUAAAGGCAAAGGCGCCACCCUGCAAUUUCCUUCUCAUGCCACUUCUGGUGGAAGGGGCCUCCGCUAGACGGAGCCUCUAUGGAGCCCCCUCCAACAGGUUACUUUGGCCUACUCUUCCAAGGUGACCAGACGUAUCGGCAGAGGUGGGAGUUCCCACACUUUACCCCCACCACUCCGGGGACCUGCCAAUUGGCUCAAGACAAACUGCUGUCAGGGCGUAUGCACAAGUUGCAGUUGAUUUAGUGUUUAACCGGGUGAGAGAACUUAAAGAGAUACUAUAUAUGUGUGAAGGGCCUUUGUUCAAGUCCACUGCUGGAUGGGGGAGCUCUCCAUGCCACACUGGUCGUGGGGAUUAUUUGGCCGUACUUCACGCUGGUCAGCGCAGGCUGGUGAAGACGGGGACCAUAAAUGUGGAAGCGUAGAAGUGCGGCACAACGAUGGAUUUUGCUGCGCUACCACCUGCCGCCCCCGUCGGCGUAUCUCCGCAGUCUCAUGGCGCCCUGUUUGUGCACGAGGGCCACCAAUGAGAGUACCGUCCAGGCCCAAGCCUGCUUUGCUUCCGAGAUCUAAUGGUGCUCUUCCGAGAUCCGAUGGUAUCUGGCACAUUCUGGAUGACAAUAAAAAUGAAUUUUAUUCAUAUAGCGCUUUUCCCCACGCUGAAAUCACUGAACAGUAAAAAAAAAGUAUUCAAUACUAUAACAAAAAAAACUAUGACGUGAAAAAAACCCGGCAUUAUGUAUACAACAUAAAAGCAGCAUAGAAAGCAUUCAAGGGACGGAAUACACGAGGCGGUAGAGUGGAGGAGGACCUUUUGAGCAGAUGAGUUUACAAAUGAGGUUCGAAGGUGGCGAUUGACUCGGCGGAUCUCAUCUCAAUGGGCAGCGCGUGCCAUAGCCUCGGGGCAGCGGAGGAGAAAGGCCCCUUAUCACCCAUGGAGCGGAGGUUGGUGGGAGACGGGGGUUUAAUUUUUGAUUUAAAGCUUUCGUGACUGCGGUGAUUCAUGUUCUUGGUUCUUUCGGGCCCUGGCCGGGGUGUCACGGUGAAGGAAUUGUCGGAUGGUUUGUUGAUCGGCGCAGUGCAACAAACUUUGUACUGUGGGAUUGUGGUUAAUAAAAAAAAAACAUGUCGACAAA